UUAAAAAUUAUUAUUAUGAUUCAAAAUCAGAAUGUGUUCAUAAACAAUUUUGAAUAAAUAAGCUUUUAUAAAUUCAUUUUUAUUGGUGUUUUUGUAACUAGAAAACAAUAACUCUAAGCGACUGUUCAUAAUGAGUGAUUCCGAGUAUGAGGAGGAAGAAUAUUUAGUGUUUGCGGAUUUCAAAAACCAAAUUGUUCCGAAAGAACUAUCAGAUGAAAACUCGGCAAUAAAAAUCAUUGGCAUUGAAACCAAAAACCCUGUGGCUGAAAUAAAUGGCAGCAUAUUCAAAGGUACAUACGAUUACGUAAUGGGAACAGAUGUGUUUUUCGAAAAAGAUCACGAUGCUCUCCAAGAAGACUCUCUUUAUGAGGUUUCAAGUCGACAAAAGUACAAAAUUUAUGGAAAAACUAACAAAGUCAUAAGUUUUGAAAGAAUGUACGUGGAGAGCAUGAGGGACACGGAGCAAUGCGCUCAGGACAUAGAAGCUGAAUCGUCUGCAGAGAAUGUGUCAGUAGACAAUAAUUUGAAGCUAAAUAUUACAUAUGAUGAAGCGAUUAAACAAUUUCCAAGUGUCAAUGACCCCCAGUGGAAAGAAAAAGACUUAUUUUAAUAAAUAAAUCAAUAUAAAGCAUAAAUACAAGCACAAGUAUAAACAUUAAAA